CUAUUAUCUCUUGUUUUUAUACUCAUGGACUCAGUCUCCUGGUUGUGAUAUGUACAGUACAAGUUGAUAACACAUAUGCACUAUUCAGCACUAUAGUACUAUAGUGUACAUAAACAUUGUUGCUCAAUCGACUGAAAAAUUUCCUCCUGCCUGGGAAGCUAGCAGCCACAAGAGAGUCAGAGAUCAUGGCCAGUCUUAAAAGUGUACCAAAUAUACCAGACAGUGUAUCACAGGAUAUAACAGAGCCUACUACAGCCACCAGUACUGAGCAAAACAUUGUCACUAAGGUGAAAUCAAAAGUGGAGCAGAACACUAAAACUAAAUAUAGUACUUUCACUGCACACAAAUAUGUCAAAAAAGAAAGCAUUUAUCUAGUUGAUGCUGGUGAGGGUCGUUACGUUGAUGUGAAGAUAGACUACAGGUUUGGCAAAGCUAAUUUUAAAACAGCAACUGCCAGUGGAAUAGACGACCCACUCAGUCUUUAAAUACUGUGACAGAAUAGACAUAAACUAUGAAUUCAAAACUGAUUUAAUUAAUUGUAUUUCAUUUAAAAAAUAUUAAACUUUUGACUUUAGCAAUAAAAACUUGACCAUAGUAA